GCAGCUUUACAUGUCCGAAGCCGCAUCAGCGAGGACCGGGUGGAUUUUCUCCAUUUAAAAAGUUCUUCCGGAGUUGGACGCGUCUUCACCGAGACACACGGACUCUUUCAGCCGCAGGAGGGUCGCGGUCACACGGCCAUGGCCUCUUUCGUUUGCCGGAUCCAGUACCUGGAGGAUUCGGACCCGUUUAUCUGCACAAACUUCCCCGAACCUCGGAGACCUCCGACGGUGAGCGUGGAAGAGAACCUGCCGCUCAGUGAGCAGAUCGCCGGGAUACACAAGCUGCUCGAGGCGCCUCUAAAGUUGGAGGACUGCACUCUCCAGUUGGCGUCUAAUGGGAACUACCUGGACCUGGACUCUUCUCUGAGUGAGCAGCGAGACGAGCUGGACACUUUCUAUGAAGACGUGGCAAAAGGGAAGAAGCCCAUCCUGAUCCUGAGGACUCAGCUGUCUGUCCGCGUGCACAGCAUCCUGGGUAAUUAUCUCUCUCUGACUCAGGGGAAACUCUCCACUCUCCCACCGCAGCGGCGAGGAUUUCCUCUCUCUGCUUUCCAUCCACACACACAAAUACUAAAACCUCCUCGUCUGUGUAUGGAAUAUGGAUUAUAUAGAUAGAUUUAUUGUGCAAAA